AUGAUGGGCAAAGAGGAGGAUAUUGCGCGGAUCGCUCGGAGGCUGGACAAGAUGGUGACCAAGAAGAGCGCGGAAGGAGCAAUGGACCUACUUCGAGAGCUGAAGGCCAUGCCUGUCACACUGCACCUGCUGCAGUCCACCCGCAUCGGGAUGUCGGUAAACGCACUUCGGAAACAGAGCUCAGAUGAGGAGGUCAUCACGCUCGCCAAGUCGCUCAUCAAGUCCUGGAAGAAGCUCCUGGAUGCUUCAGAUGCUAAAGCUGGGGAGCAGAGGGGUGCGUCCCUGGCUGUGACACCCUCGAGAGACACCGCUGAGGCAAAGGCCCACAGCCGCAAGAGACCGGAGCCGUCCAAGACCCCAUCAACCCCUCGCAUGACCACAUUCCCCCCAACGCCUAUCACCUGUGAUGCUGUGCGGAACAAGUGCCGGGAGAUGCUGGCUGCUGCCUUGCAGACGGACCAUGACCACGUGGCCAUCGGCGCGGACUGUGAGCACCUGUCUGCCCAGAUCGAAGAAUGCAUCUUCCGGGACGUGGGGAGCACGGACGUCAAGUACAAGAACCGCGUGCGGAGCCGCAUCGCCAACCUGAAGGAUGCCAAGAAUCCUGGGCUGCGGCAGAGUGUUCUGCGCGGCGCCAUAGCGCCCCAGCGCAUCGCUGAGAUGACCUCUGAGGAGAUGGCCAGUGACGAGCUGAAGGAGAUCCGCAAGGCCAUGACCAGGGAGGCCAUCCGUGAGCAUCAGAUGGCCCGUGCAGGCGGCACCCACACCGACCUCUUCACGUGCAGCAGGUGUAGGAGGAAGAGCUGCACCUACACUCAGGUGCAAACCCGAAGCUCUGAUGAGCCCAUGACCACCUUUGUUGUCUGCAAUGAGUGUGGAAACCGCUGGAAGUUCUGCUGA